GUUUUAUUUGUUUCAUUCCUUUCCUAAUUUCUUGGGUUUUAUGAAUUCUUGGGAUCGACAGGCCUGGAAAUAGCUCCCAACGGUAUCGGGUUGUUGGUGGAUCAUAUGGGUCGUUGCACGGGGGAAGCGUAUGUCCAAUUCACAUCUUCUGAAAGUCUAGCUCGGGCAAAGGAGAAACAUAUGGAGAAGAUAGGGCACAGAUACAUUGAAAUAUUUGAAAGUACAAUGAUGGAGGCCAACAUGACCAUACAGCGCCAAAUGGAAAUAAAUCAAAGCCGUAGUUCGGGUCGAGGACCAAUGUUUGGUCGAGGCAGUCGUGAUGGUCAUUCCGGUGGUGCGGGGAAUCAUGGAGGUCCCCGUGGAGGAUAUGAUGCACCUCCGUUUAGUCCAAAUGGGUCAGGCCCAAACAGAGGUCCAGUUCCUGGAAGAUAUGCACCCUAUGGUCGACCACCACAUGUUUUCGGACACCCGGGAUACAAUUCUCCUCCUAGAGGCUUCGAAGGACCUUCUCCCUCAAAAGGAUCUAAUUUUGGGCCACCUGGGCAUUACGAAUACGAUGAUCCUCAAAGUUCGACUGGGCAUUCUGUUCGUAUGAGAGGGUUACCAUACUCAGCAACCAAAGAGGAUAUUGAUCGUUUCCUUUCUCCUUUACAACCAGUCAACAUUCGGAUGCGAUUCAAUGCUGCUAACCGACCUACCGGAGAGGCAAUUGUGGAUUUUGCCAGUCAUGAUGAAGCGAAGGAGGCAAUGAAGAAAGAUCGUGAAAAAAUUGGACCUCGUUACAUCGAACUUUUCUUAGCAUCCACCCCUAAGGGAAUUUCUCCAUCUCGCAUAAACAACAGCGCACCAGUUUCUAGUCGUCGAUCUCCUCCUUUUCACAAUAGUAGAGGCCAUCAAGGAUCACAAUACGCUACCUUUCCUCCGCAACAAUAUGAAUAUGAUGAUAUAAGUUAUGCGGAAGAUGUAGGUUACAAUUCAGGUUCAAGUAGACCAGAUUUUAAUCAGUCAUAUGACGGUUUUCACAAUGGCACAAGUGUAAGAGGACCAAUUGGGCAUUCAGGAGAGGGUUAUUCAGACUACAGAUAUCGUCAUGGGAAUAACUACUGAACAUGAGGUAUUAUUUUAUGUAUACUUUACAAUUAAAAAAAAAUAAACAUUUUAUUAGAAA